CCACGCUGCUGUCUUUGCCUGCCCGUGUUUCUUUUCCCUUCUUGCCAUUGGAAUCGCGCAUUAUAUAUCCUCCGUUAUUUCUACUUUACCUUCGUUUCAGAGUCGGACCACUUUCCCGCCAUGGUCCUCCAGGAUCUUGGACGGCGAAUUAACGCCGCAGUCAGUGAGUUGACGCGGUCUAGCACUCUAGAUGAGAAGGCUUUCGAUGACAUGUUGAAGGAGAUCUGUGCUGCUCUACUAUCUGCAGACGUUAAUGUACGCCUCGUUCAGUCACUUCGGAAAUCGAUAAAAUCCAGCGUGAAUUUUUCUUCCCUCCCUCCGGCUGUGAACAAGAAACGCCUGAUCCAGAAGGCUGUAUUUGAUGAGCUCGUAUCGCUGGUCGAUCCACACGCGAAACCUUUCCAACCGAAGAAAGGACGUUCGAACGUGAUCAUGUUCGUCGGUCUUCAGGGUGCCGGAAAGACGACCACAUGUACGAAGCUGGCAAGGCAUUACCAGAUGCGUGGAUUCAAAACUGCGCUAGUUUGUGCAGAUACCUUCCGUGCUGGUGCCUUUGACCAAUUGAAGCAGAACGCAACCAGGGCCAAGAUCCCGUACUAUGGCAGUCUGACGCAGACGGAUCCUGCUGUUGUUGCAGCAGAGGGUGUAGCCAAGUUUAAGAAGGAGCGUUUUGAUGUCAUUAUUGUUGAUACCAGUGGUCGGCAUAAGCAGGAGGAAGAGCUAUUUGCUGAAAUGACCCAAAUUCAGACCGCCGUCACUCCAGACCAAACCAUCCUAGUUCUUGACAGCACAAUCGGUCAGGCCGCGGAAGCCCAGUCGGCAGCUUUUAAGGCGACAGCUGAUUUUGGAGCCAUCAUAAUCACCAAAACCGAUGGGCAUGCCGCAGGUGGUGGUGCCAUCUCUGCCGUCGCUGCGACACAUACCCCGAUCAUUUUCCUUGGUACUGGCGAGCAUCUGAUGGACUUGGAGCGUUUUGAACCCAAGGCUUUCAUUCAGAAGCUUCUAGGCAUGGGUGAUAUGGCGGGUCUAGUCGAACAUGUCCAGGCCGUAACCAAAGACUCAGCCUCGGCGAAAGAGACAUACAAGCAUAUUUCGGAAGGAAUCUAUACGCUACGUGAUUUCCGGGAGAAUAUUACCUCAAUUAUGAAGAUGGGUCCUCUCUCUAAACUUUCGGGCAUGAUCCCUGGUCUAUCGAAUAUAACGGCCGGCCUGGACGAUGAAGAUGGCUCCCUCAAACUGCGCCGCAUGAUUUACAUAUUCGACAGCAUGACCGCCGCAGAAAUUGACAGUGACGGCAAAAUUUUUGUAGAGCAACCCUCUCGCAUGGUGCGCAUUGCGUGCGGCAGCGGCACCACUGUUCGCGAAAUCGAAGAUCUUCUUUCGCAACAUCGGAUGAUGGCAGGCAUGGCCAAGAAAGUUGGUGGGCAGAGGAAGCAAAUGCAGCGCGCCCAGAACAUGCUUAAGGGCGGCAACAAGGAGCAGCAAUUGGCCGCCAUGCAAAAGCGGAUGGCAGCCAUGGGUGGCGCAGGCGCUGGUGGUUUUGGCGGCCUCCCCGGCAUGGGAGACAUGACCAAGAUGAUGCAGAUGCUUCAGGGACAAGGUGGUGGCCUUCCCGGUAUGGGUGGGAUGGACCUACAGGGUAUGAUGAGUCAAAUGAGCGGGUUAAUGGGAGGUGGUGGCAGGGGCAGAGGACGAUGAGGAGUUUUGCCUCCUUUUCCCCAAGGGCCGGGACCUUUUCUCCACUUCUCUUUACUUUAUCCUUUGUCAAUAGUAUUCCUUUAUUGCCUUGGCCCCCUUUGCUUCUCAUGAUAAUGACACAUGCAUAUCCGUCUUGGCCCCUGUUCUCCGAUCAACGAUCCAUGGUCUCAUUUUGUGCUCAUUUGAGCUGAUGCUAGGCAAUUUAGCACUUGGGACUGGUGUUGAAGGUGUCUGUUCAUUUUAUAUAGGUAUUGUCUUCUCUGUAAUAUUGGGACCUGUGAUUUACUAAUCCGGUUAGUUUUGCCGUUCCCGGACUAGCGCCCCAAUACGCUGUCUUGUAACCUCUCCCUCCAUCGCCUCGACAUAAAAGACCAGACCUCGCCCUUGUCGACCUCUUUUCUCCUUCUUCCCCCUCCCUUCAACUCCUCUAUCUUGCACUUAUCGCCGCCCCUUUUCUUUUACUCUGGUCCCCACCGACAACUGCGCCUUGGCAGCAAUUGUAGCGGAAAUUGUUGCCAGUGGACUAUAGCUUGUGGUUGUGGCCUGUGAAAUGGCAUGAUCUCGCGUGCUUGGAUGCAAUGGUCUGGAUUGCAGGAGCUGCCCUCCCAGGUGACCAUCAUCUAUAAAAGUGACUACAAUUCAACGCAAAUGGCAAAGCUGGAAUUCAAAUCCCCAGCUCCCUGUUUUAUGAGUGCAGACAAACAUCAUAUCCCGAAGACCUUUUCAGUCGUGAAAUCAGGAGCAGUGCAAUUCAACCACAGCUGGGACUGAACGAAUCGAGAGUGGUUAGAACUGUCACCGGUGGCCUACGUCCCCAUGUUGUGAAACCGUCCUUGUCUCGUGUCUUGGUUGCUUGACUUGGGUUGGAUGAGCUUGUCUGCGCCUCACGGUCGAUGAUCGUCUCCUGUCCAGGGGAAAUAGUAAUUGGGGCUGCGGAUACUUGGCACCUUUCUGGAUAUUGUUGGCCUGGGUGAAACGAGCUAGCAAUCAGCUUUGCCUGAUGAGUUAUCCCAACCCUAAAUAUCUGAUUAUAGGUUGAAUCAUCUGCGACACCUUUUUUGGUCCCUUGUGUCAGGGCCCUUGCCAUGUAGACCAGGACGAGCACGUGAGCUUCCUUACUUGGAUUAGCGUGGCGCGUGGAUAGGAGUACGUCGUCCAGCUUCACGUAGAUCUCUUCCUUUUUUCCUUCCUCUUCAUGCUUGAAGUUCUCG